GAUGACGGCAACGAGCUGGCGGAGUCUACAGUCACCGUCAGUGCCCAGAUGAACGACAGCGACCUGUAUGAAGUGUAUGCUCUCGCCAAGAAGCACUGGAGAAGAAGAGCUGACAUACUUCCGUGGCGACGCAGAUACAAAGGAAAAGGCAAGGGCAAGAAAGGGGUCAGGUUUCAGAGGAACAGCGGGUGGUCUUUUCUUUCGGAAGCAGGGGGCGGAGCUCUUUGUCCAGGGUGCACUUGGAACACUCAGGAGUACUACAAGGGCACGGGCAAAGGCGAGCAGACCAACCCGAGAGGCGCGAACGGACAGCCAUUUCGAUGCGAUCUGUGCAAUAGCGAGAAGCAUCUAUGGAGGAAGUGCGACGCUCCGGGAGCUGACGAUUACCGACGGAAGCGGGCUACCUCAGGUGGAACGGGAUAUGUGACGACAGAAGGAAAUCUGAGCACUGGGGGCGCCCAACCAGCUUCGAGCUUUUCUAGCGCAUUGCAGCGCUGGCAGCAGCUCACGGGACAACCGGCAGCGUCUACCGCGACCAGACACUUCUUUGCCAUGCCGAGCAGCGUGGAGCCGCAAGUGGACGUGUCCAAGGAUGGCGAGAAGGAGUACGAGGACAGCUACUACCCGGACGUGAAGGAGGAGGGCUCGCGCCUGUGCGAGUCGCAUGCGCGGCCAGACCUCCAGGUGGAGGCCCGCCGUGACUGUGCUUCGACCACUUCCUGGGACUUGCUCUCGACUCCCUCUGAGCUCGUGGACAUCGGCAGCGAGACGAUUCAGAUGAUUGAACAGGCGAAGGCUCGUAUCAUGGAUGACCCAGACCCAGAUGUAACUCUUGAAGAACCUCAGCUCACCAGUGAGCAGGUCGAUCCAGGAAACAAGCCCGCUGGAUUGAAGUGGUUCGUGGGUCCCGUGUUCGAGCGAUAUGAUGAGGCACGCCAGGUAUUUCUCGAGGCGACCAGGAUCGACGGCAAGGAGUGCCUGCUGAGAGAUCCUGGUGCGUACGACAACCUCGUUGGUGAUAGAUGGAUUAUGCGAAUGGGAACUCUAGCGAAAAGGGCAUUCUUGGAACCGACGCAGUACCUGAUGGAUCAGUCGAUCGGGGUUGAAGGAGUCGGUACCAAUGCGCAGAUUGCCAAGGAGGAGGUGAAGAUGCCAGGUGCAGCUAAGGACGAGCGAGGUAAUGUGCAUCAGAUAAGCUACAAGGCCCCGGUGGUUCCUGAUUCAGAUAUUCCCGCUCUCUGGGGAAAACGUAGUUUGAAGCACAACCGAGCGGUGGUUGACAUGAUAAACAACAAGCUGUACCUGUGUGGCCCUGGAAGAGUGCAGUUCACGCCACCGCCGGGGACGCUCACCUUCAAUCUCGAGGACCCAGAGAUCAUAGUGAUUGACGAGGACAAUGGCAACCCGAUCCGCACGAAGCUGCUGGGUCAAGCCAACAUCAAGUAC